AUGUCCGCUCCUGCUUCGAACACCCGCCCUCUUGGAUCAACUACAUCUGGUACUCAAUGGAUAUACGUUUCCGGUAUCCUCGGUCCUCAGCCCAUCAGCUCUGCCAGUUACUGGUUUGGCAAGAUGGCCCAUUACAUCUACGACUCUGAGAGGCGCCCUGUGCGCCCGAUGUCGAUCGAUCCUAACGCUCCCACGAUCUUGGAGCCGACUACCGAUCCUGCCCAUCCUGUCUACUAUGAAACGCUUCCUGGCCCUGGUGGAAAAGCCGCCUUCACCCAGUGGGGUCUGGAGUGGCAGCUGGAGAAUGUCAACGUUGCGCUCCAUGCGACCGCCAUGCAGCAAUUCGAAGCUCAACUGGCUCAGCAGGGUCCGACGCAACGUCAGGAAGAGAUCGAGAAGUAUAAAGAAUGGGUACGCCAGCGCACCUUCAAGGGAUCCAGCAGAUACGGCAAAGGCCCGUACACCGGCGUUCAAGGCGAACGUGCCCAUGCCAACUUCAGCUUCCGCCCCGACGCUCCGGUGUUUACACCAUCCCGCACUCCAUCUCCCGACAAGAAGGCUCACCUUGUUGGUCAAGGCCACCCCGACAUCGAACCUCAGCUCGGUAUGGCUCCUCAGUCUGGCUUCAACACUCCGUCUGGCUUGACCUUGCAGCCUGGCAUGACCUUCCAGUCUGGCACGCACUUUCAGCCUGGUAUGAAUUUCCAGCCUGGCAUGAACGGCCAGCUUGGUAUGACCCCUCAGCCCGUCAUGCAACAGACACAGGCUCCAUCCUUCCAGCACGGCACUUCAUACUCUGUGGGAACUGAAGGCGACUUCCCCUCUGCGGAUAACAUGAUCCCGGGCAACCUGUUCUCUCCUGUCCUCCCUCCCGACAACAAUGUCGGACAAGGCAUGAUGCCUAGGUUCGAGAACAAUGGCCUUGUCCAGCAGCCCGGUGCACGUGGCCGUGACGAUGAUCACGACUUUGAUGAUGGACACAACGGUCGCAACGGCCGCAACGGUCGUGGCUUUUGUGGUGGUUCUCGUGGUGGCCUUCGUGGCGACCGCAAUGGCUAUGAAAACGGCUUCUGAUCCCACAAUGGAACCUCCAGCACUUCUUUCGACGGUAUUCCCUUUGACAGUUUCCCUUUGGCAAUUC